UGUUGAGUAGACUGUAUUGUGUGACAUAUCAUACAAUACAUUGCAUAAGUGUUGUCAUCAUUAGUACUACUAAUUCAUUACUGACGAGACAUUUAAUCCAUUAAUUUAUAUAUUGUUUUGUUUUUCAAAUCAAUUGAUUUGAUUAAUAUUUAAAUGAAUUAAAAAAACUUUAAUGUUAUAAAAAAAUUGUUUCAAUUUGUUUGUUAUUAAAUGGACUACACAUCAGGUACAACUCGUCGGUCGCGACCAAACAAUGCAAAUGAAAGCCAUAAUACAAAUGUCAACUAUCCUUAUGGUUCAUAUGAUGCCUAUGAGACCAAUUCACAGCCAUAUUCGGCAAACAUGUACUCUGGAGGACCAUCUGUUUACGACCCGAAUGGUCCGCAACUAUUUGAGGACACGAGUGCACAGUUUGAUGCACACAAUACUUAUGAUCCCUAUAUGAAUAGUGGCAACAAUUUUGUGCCGCAAAUGUUUAAUCAAAAUAUGGGAAACGCUUCAAAUCUCUUCAAUCAACAGCUUAUUUUAACUGCUGGACAACAAUUGUUGACUAAUCCUAUGGCUGCGGCCGCUAUCGACCAAUACGGCCAAAACUUAGUUAAUAAAGGCAAGAGUUGGGUCGGCAGUAAUCUGAAAUAUUACUUCGCUGUCGACACUUCUUAUGUAUUGAAAAAGUUAGGUCUGGUAUUCUUCCCGUUCACUCAUAAAGAUUGGUCGAUUCGCUAUAAUACCAAUGAAUCGGUUGCUCCAAGAGAUGAUAUCAAUUCACCGGAUCUCUAUAUACCAAUGAUGGCAUUUGUGACAUAUAUUUUGUUUUCGGCUUAUUUGUUAGGAAUUCAGAACCGAUUUUCGCCCGAAGUGUUGAGCAUUCAGGCGUCAUCAGCGUUGGCCUGGCUUUUCAUUGAAGUGAUUAUAGUAAUGGUAUCACUCUAUCUCUUUAGUAUCUCCUGUUCUCUUGGAUUUUUUCAUACCAUUGCUUUUGGUGGAUAUAAAUACGUUUGUAUUGUGCCUCUACUCUUGAUGUCGACAUUUGACAGAAUGGGUUACUAUAUUCUGUUACUUUAUUGCAGUUUAUCUUUGGGUUUCUUUUUACUAAAAAGCCUUCACAUUGCUGUUCAAAAUAAUACCCAAACCUCUGUCACCAAUCAAUCAAGAAAUGGCUUAUAUCUAGUAAUUGUUAUUUGUUUAUUACAGCCGAUUGUCAUGUAUUUUCUUACUCGACAUUUCAUUGUUUAA